UCGGUGCUGUCAGUUGUCAAAUUUAUAGGUUAAAGACGCCUUUUAGUCUUCACAAAUUUCCAAAUUCAUUUAUAUUUUUGUUAUUAAAGAGUUACGUAGGUAUUUUUAUCUCUGUAAUGUCAUCUGAUAAGCAACCACAAUAUUGUUUCAAAUCAACCACCUUUGAGCAUACAAGUAAAGUUGGAAACAAGAAAAAAGUGUGGAAGUCUUUAAAACAAAUACUAGCUUCUGAAAAAGCAUUGAAGUGGCCUGAGAAUACAGUUUUAUAUUCUUCAAUUAACGCUUUGCCUUCGUUCAAGCCUGCAAAGAAAUAUUCGGAUAUAUCAGGAUUAAUUGCUCCUUACACAGAUCCCCAAACUAAACUUCACUACGCCAAUGCUGAAGAGUUCCGCAUAAUAAGGUCAUUGCCAAGUGACAUCGUAGCAGGUUAUCUAGCUCUGCGAGGUGCAACAAGUAUUGUGGGAUAAGUUUGUAUUUGAUAAAGCAAACAAAACC